CGCGCACGAUAUCUCGUGUACGUUUGCGUUUACCGCUUAUGAAGUCGUGUGUUGUGACAACUACAAUAUUAAGGAAGCACAAAACUUAUUAGUAUUAAUUAUUACUCAUAUAAUAGCUGAUAGAGUGUGCUGCAGAAUUAUAACUCAGAUUUUACAAAAUCUUAAGCAAAUAUUAGAAAACAGAUAUUAUGACUUCCUUUAAUUUUAGCGAACUUAGCAAGCAACUGAAAGAUACUGCCCAGUUGAAUCCUCGUGUCGGGGUCUCUUUCGCCGGUCGAUCUCUUAAAUUAGAUACUGUGAACGAUGCUCUCCAAGUGGUGGAAGCAAUAAACACAUGUCCCUGUUUGGAAUAUUUGGAUUUAGAGGGAAAUACACUAGGUACAGAGGCUGCAGAGGCUAUAGCUGAAUCUUUGAAAGAAAAGGGAGUUCCCUUGAAAAGAGCUUUAUGGAAAGACAUGUUCACUGGCCGUUUAAAGACAGAAAUUCCAAAGGCACUAGAAUUUCUGGGUACAGCAUUACGUGUGGCUGGUACUCGACUUACUGAACUUGACUUGAGUGACAAUGCUUUUGGACCAAUUGGUAUUCAGGGACUAGCAGAUCUGUUGAUAUCACAUCCAUGUUACACCCUCCAGGAAUUAAGAUUGAAUAAUAAUGGUCUUGGUAUAUCUGGUGGAAAAAUAUUGGCGCAAGCGUUAUUAAAAUGCCAUGCAAAUAGUUCUAAAGAAGGCAAGCCACUUGCGCUGAAAGUUUUUAUUGUUGGUAGAAAUAGAUUAGAAAAUGAAGGUGCACAAGCAUUGGCAUGUGUAUUUAAUGAGUUAAAAACAUUAGAGGAAGUUGUGAUGCAACAAAAUGGUAUAUACCACAAAGGCAUUGAGGCAAUUGCAUAUGGUUUGUCUGCUAAUCCUAACUUGCGAAUUGUAAAUUUGAAUGAUAAUACAAUCGGGUUGAAAGGAGCAAGAGCAGUUGCUAAAGUUCUACCAACUUUCCGAAAUCUGGAGGAAUUGAAUCUUGGAGAUUGUUUAUUGAAGACAAAGGGUGCUUUAGUCUUAGCAGAGGCAUUAGCAAUUAUUGGCAAUCAUCCAUCUCUUAGGAAUUUGGAUUUAAGUCAUAAUGAAAUACGUAUUGAUGGUGGAAAGGCUAUCGCUCAGGCUAUGAUAGAUAAAACGCUUCUCUCUAAUCUACAGUUGGAUGGUAAUAUGUUUGGGACAAAAGGACGUGAUAUGCUUGAACAAAUUCUAACAAAAUUGGGAAGAAUCGAUGCAUUAAAUUCAUUUGAUGAGGACGAAGAUGAUUGUGAUGAUGACGAUGAUACUGAUGAUAAUGAUGAUGAAGAUGAUGAAGAUGAAGGGGAGAGUGAAGAAUGUGAAAGUGAUAAUAAUGAAGAUGCAGGAAGUGACAAAGAUAAUGUUGCGCAAAGUACAGUAACGGUUACAGAGUUUUUGAAAUCACCAAUAGGUGAGAAAUUAUUGCUACUACAAGGUGAUAAUGUGCAGGCUUUUAUUGAUCACGCAGAGAAUUUGGCCAUUCAAAGUGACACAACUACAGAACAAAAAUUUAUAGAAGAACUGACGCGAAUAACCAUGAAAGUAUCGUCAUUAUGUGAUAGUGGCUAUAUGAAUGUGAGAAUAAAAGCAGAAUCUUUGUCAGAUGCAUUAUAUAUACAGCUGUUCUCCUAUGCUAUAGAAAAAGAUCAAAUUUCAAAUUUGACUAAUGCACUGCUAAUCAAUCUGGGUUUAAUUAAAAGUGAAGACAAGGACAAUGGAAAAAUUGAUUGGAACUUGGAAGGAUGUUUUAAAGCCUUAGAAAAAAUUUGCCAAAGGGAUUAUUUCUUAGAACAAACAAGGAGCACGUUAAAAUUAUUUUUAGAUAAGCCAAUAAAAACUAGUCGUGCAAGGGUAGUAGAUCCCUUCCAAGAUUCCAAAGCUGCUCUUAAAACUGUCUUAGAUCGUAUUCAAGUUACAUAAAUUUAUUUAAAAUUACUAUUUUAACAUAAAAUAUAUAUAUAUUUAUUUUUAUAUGUUGCAUGGGAAAGAGAUUAAACAUUUCACGCAAAGUUCCAACUAAGCUAAUACUAUUACUGUGUGUAAAUUCUGCUAUAAUCUUUUCUAGACUUCUUUAGUAUAAAAAGGUUUUUAAAAUAUCGAGUAAAACUUUCUAUUUUUAAUACUAAACUUUUUUUAAACAAGACAGUUCUUAAUAGACAAACAAGAUUAAAUCACAUAAUCAUCUAAAUGCAAGAGAUCUGCAUAAUCAUCUAAAUCAAGAGAAAAUAAAAUGUUUAUUUCUCCUAAACAUAUUGCAUGGAAAUUCCUAAAACUUUAUAAGAGGCGAUUUAUGUGUAUAUAUUAUUUAGCAUAAA